AUGCAUCACUUAAGACGACAAUUCAGCCAUGUUGGUAGGCUUCUUCAGCAGUCUAAGCUGACAGCUACAAGUGAGAUUGAGAUGUCUCAUUUUAAUCAACUUGCGAGUACAUGGUGGGAUGUCAAUGGACCCCAGAGAAUUCUGCAUAAGAUGAACCUGUUGAGAAUGGAUUUCAUUAAUGACACCAUCAAAUCUCACUUAAAACUGAACAAAGGCGUCACAGACCCUGAAGAACAGAUUUAUAUACCUCCUUUCAAUGUUGACAACGUUCUUCCCAAAGAGAUAGCGGACCGGAUCAAUGGUGAGCAAGAGAUUCGAAGACAACAACUGUGGCAGCAAUUGAAAUUGGAUGCCCUGGAUAUCGGUUGUGGUGGAGGUAUUCUUAGUGAAAGUCUAGCCCGAUUACCCGUGGUAAAUAGAGUGAAGGGCAUUGAUUUGUCUACAGAAGUUUUGGAGGUGGCAAGACAACACAAGAAGCUUGAUCCCAUGGUUAGGGAAAAACUGACAUACGAGCUAAAGGCCGUAGAGGAUCUGGAUCCAAAUACCGAACAGUACGAUGUGGUAACAAUGUUUGAGAUGUUAGAGCAUGUGAAUUAUCCUGCUGAGGUCUUGAAGGCUGCUCUACGCCAUGUGAAGCCUGGAGGAUGGAUUUUUAUUAGUACCAUUAAUAGAGAUCUAAUUUCUUGGUUCACGACUAUUUUCAUGGGGGAACACAUACUAAAGAUUGUACCUCUUGGAACACACACAUAUGACAAAUACAUUAACGAGAAAGAGCUGGAAAAAUGGGUUGAAGAUGGUCACGAGAAUUCGGAUCUUGGUGACCUUAGGAAACAAUUUGAGGUGGCAGGUUCCAAAGGAUGUGUGUACUUGCCUUGUUAUGGCUGGAAGUUCACUGACAAUGUUGAGGUCGGUAAUUAUUUCAUGGCUCUGAAAAGAAGGGACUGA